AAACCUAACCUGAAAUAUUUGACCCUCCAGUUUUCUGAGAGUGGGUUGAUUUUCUCUAAUGAGAAUAUCCUACUAAAUAUGUCAAUAUUUCCUGCGUUUGCGGAACAAGCAGUACAGGAAUCAACUAGUGCAAGUGCAACCAAAGAUUCUGAUAAAACAUGGCUUAAGAAUUCAAGUUUCCACUUCAUUGCAAGGUCUCCAAGUAGAAGUGAUAAUAUAACGUUGGGAAAGUUUGGAACUGAUAGUGAUUCAUUUCUAGAAGAAGAAACAUCAAAAUCUGCUAGUACAUCCAGAAAAAGAAGAAAGUCAUUGAAGAAAAAAACUGGGAAGAAAGGAAGAGGGGAUGAGAUAUCAGUAGUCUCUACAGCCACUAUUGAAGAAAAUGAGUUUUUCGAAGUAAAUCCUAAAGGAAAUCGGGAAUUACUGAUGGUAUCAACUAUAUCACGCCCUUCAGCUCCCCAAUACCAUGCCACAUUACAUUUGAAUGCAUCACAUAAAUAUAUAUAUUCCAAGAAAAAAUAUAAAAGAUAUCAUCAACACAUUCCUGAAAAACUUAUCAAUAAAACAGAGGAUGAAAUGGUUUUAACCAAACGCAAUCUUGAUACUGUGAAAUUUGCUGAAAGAGAUGACCACUAUAGUGGAUUCAAACAUGAGGAAGAACUGUCUCAGAAAACUGCUUUUUACAACAGACAUUUAACAAAUUGUCCUGCUGACAUAAAGGUAUGGUUAGAAUAUAUUCAGUUCCAAGAUACAGUGUAUGAGUUUGAGAAAACAUAUAGAAAGGGUAGUAUUGCUAAAGCACAAAUUGUUCUAGCACAAAGAAAACUUGCUAUCAUUGAUAAGGCAAUAUCUCUCAACUCAAGUUGUGACUUACUUCACCGGAAACGAUUGAAUAUAGCAGUUACUGCUUUUCCAGCAGAUGAACUUCAGAAUUACUUGAAAGAACUUGUGAAUAAAGAUAAGAGUAAUAUAAUAUUGUGGCAAGGAUAUAUUGAAGCCACACAGUGUUCUAUGUCCCAUUGCAACACUCCUGCAGUUUUGAAUUUAUAUUCAAAGUGUUUAUCAACUUUGCAUCAGUUGAGAAGAUCCACAUCUGUUGAGAAGUAUCUACUUGAAGAGUCUAUUUUGAGAAUGCUUUAUCAGUGCUGCUUGUUUUUGAAGCAAGCUGGAUUGUUUGAACAGCUCUGGACACUCUUGAAAAUGUACUUAGAAUUGAAUUUAUCUUCUAAUGAUAAGUCAAAAUUCAACAUAUCCUCAGGAUUCAGAGAAAAUCAGUUGACUGAAUUAGAAGAUAUCAUUUUCACAUCUAACUUACCUUUGCAUGAACUUUGGCUGCGUACUGAAAGAUUAAGGGAGUCUUGUCAUUGGGUACCAUAUACAGAAGAGGAUAAUAAUUGUGAAGACCCUCAAAGAAUUGUAUUUACUGAAGAUGUUGCAGAACUCAUACACCCUAUAACAAAGCCUGAAAAUAUAUUCAAGCUGACAGCCACUAUUUUUACUCUUAUUAAAAUUCCUUUAUUACCUUGUCGCCAUACUACCAUGCAAGAUCUAGGAUUAGACUAUGUACCUUGGAGUCUGGACUCCAUUGAACCUCUGUUAUCUAUGUUUCUACCCAUUUAUCCAGUUGAAAUGGAAAAUGAACACUUAUGGACUGAUAAUAGAUUAGCUGUUGGCCCUCAGUAUUUGAAGAAACUGCCUGGACAAGAAGAAUAUUUGGAGUUUAUACUGAAGAUUAUGGAAAAUUCCUCAGAUUGUUUAUCUGGAGAUAAUAAAAUUGCAAUUACUGUAUGGUUUUUCAGAUUUCAGAGACUAUUGAUAAUAUUGGAUAAAUCAAAACUUCUUAUAUUGGCUGAUUCUUUCAAGAAAAAGAUCAAGAAAACUGUGAGGGAGUUUCUAAAACAUGAUGAAAAUAGACAGAAUGAAAUAUACUAUUUGGAAUAUGCUCUCAUAGAGUAUGAACUAGGAAAUAAGGAUAACUGCUUCAAAAUAAUAAACACAGCACUAAGUUUCAAUAAACAAACUGAGUUUGUUACAGAAAAUUGGCCAAACAAUCAGAAAAAUUGGUGUUAUCUCUAUAAAAAUUUAAUACAGAUGAAACUAUGCUCAAAACUAUGUGAUGAUUAUACCAGGUCUGAAAGGAAUGAAGAUGCAUUGAAGUUGAUUUGUGAGAUGGUUUUGAUUCAAAAGGAUAUUCAACCAAAUGAGAACAUACUGAACAAGGUUGAGGCUAAGUUAGAUUUUAUUUCUGCUGAGAUAAUAGGAACAAAAGUUUCCAAUUUGCCUACACUCCAACAUUUUCUACCAGAUUUUGCUACUGAUUGGCUUAUAAUUCAUGGUUGGUAUUUAUAUUUGAGGAAGGGACCUACAGAGUGUUACACAUUUCUUGCUGAAAUUUUACAAAAGCUUGAAGACAAUAGUACUGAAGCAAGCUGGCAAAAAGAAAUACUUUAUGAAUUUUAUAUUGCAGUUUUGUUCAAAUAUAGUAUGGAAACAAAAUAUGGUGGAUUCUUCAAACUCCUUGAUGAUGUGCUCUAUACAGCCAUUGAAAAUUAUCCCAAUAAUGUGUUUAUUUUAUCCAUUCUUGAAAGAGAACAGAGUAUAGGGAAUGCUCUAGGACCAAGAUGGUGGAAAAUGCAAAACAUGUUGCUCAGUUCUGGUAGAGCACUGUCAUCAUUGUUUGCAAUUGUUAUUGUUAACCAGCACAUUCUUAAUCUCAGAGAAACUGUGUGUGAUACUAUUACAGGUGACAAAUAUGAUAUCAAUUCAAGUCUGAAGAAUAAAAUGUUGUCAUUGUUCAAGAAAGUCACCUCGGGCGUUACUACCAGAAAAUGUGGAUUAGUUUGGAGAUUAUACCUACAAUUUGUCUACACAUACUUUUCUCCUGAACUCUGCCGCAAUGUGUAUUAUUCUGCUGUCGAGGAAUGCCCAUGGCUGAAGUCAUUAUAUAUUGAUGCUGCCAUCUAUAUUCCAGCUGAAUUAUCACAGAUCCAAGAUCUUAUUAUCGAGAAGCAACUGAGGUUACACGUUACUCCUGAGGAGCUGGAUAUCCUGAGAAGUUGAAUAUUUAUUAAUAUCGAGAAUCCAUGCACUUUGCGUGUCGAAGAGAUUUUUAUAGCGCUGUAAACUGAAUCAGAAUUUGUGAUGUAAAAGCUAUCAAGUUCGAUUGAACGGAUUUGUUCAUGAC